AUGCCUGGGGCUACUGGCUUUGGGUGCCAGCGUCACUUGGGCUCGGUCAACACACGUGCACAGAGCACCCACUAUGAGGCAGGCGUGGCGUCGGCCCCAAGCUUAGCUGCGAAGCAGAACUCACCGCAGGACACGGACGCUGUCGCCGCGGGAAACUCUAGCCCCCACCGAAGACCAACUUCUAGCAAACCCCCUUACCCGGGCCCUAAUCCACUAGGUCCUUCCUGGUCACAAUCAAACACCGGAGCCCGGGCCCUUGAGAAGCAAUCGUCUCCUACAAUCGCUGGCCAGAAGCUCGCCUGGUGGGCGGGGCCGUGCCCGCUAGGGGCGGGGCGAGGAGGCGGAAGUCCCCGCCCUCCUGAAGCUUGGUUGAGAAGUAGGCCCGCAGUUGCAAAUGUAAGGCUGUUUGAAAGCCGGCGCCACCGGUGGCGGGAAGCUCCCCCUAUGCGCCCAUUGGUGGAUUCAGCCCAUUUUGAGCAGUGGGGAACACUCACGGACUGUGUGGUAAUGAGAGAUCCAAACACCAAGCGCUCCAGGGGCUUUGGGUUUGUCACAUAUGCCACUCUGGAGGAGGUGGAUGCAGCCAUGAAUGCAAGGCCACACAAGGUGGAUGGAAGAGUUGUAGAACCAAAGAGGGCUGUCUCAAGAGAGGGUUCUCAAAGACCAGGUGCCCACUUAACUGUGAAGAAGAUCUUUGCUGGUGGUAUUAAAGAAGACACCGAAGAACAUGCCCUGAGAGAUUACUUUGAACAGUGGGGGAAAAUUGAAGUGAUUGAAAUCAUGACUGACCAAGGCAGUGGCAAGAAGAGAGGCUUUGCUUUUGUAACCUUUGAUGACCAUGACUCUGUGGAUAAGAUUGUCAUUCAGAAAUACCAUACUGUGAAUGGCCACAACUGUGAAGUAAGGAAAGCCCUGUCAAAGCAAGAAAUGGCUAGUGCUUCUUCCAGCCAAAGAGGUCGAAGUGGUUCUGGAAACUUUGGUGGUGGUCGUGGAGGUGGUUUUGGUGGGAAUGACAACUUUGGUCGUGGAGGAAACUUCAGUGGUUGUGGUGGCUUUGGUGGCAGCCGUGGUGGUGGUGAUGGAUAUGGUGGCAGUGGGGAUGGCUAUAAUGGAUUUGGUAAUGAUGGGAGCAAUUUUGGAGGUGGUGGAAGCUACAAUGAUUUUGGCAGUUACAACAAUCAGUCUUCAAAUUUUGGACCCAUGAAGGGAGGAAAUUUUGGAGGCAGAAGCUCUGGCCCUUAUGGUGGUGGAGGCCAAUACUUUGCCAAACCACGAAACCAAGGUGGCUAUGGUGGUUCCAGCAGCAGCAGUAGUUAUGGCAGUGGCAGGAGGUUCUAACUAACUUCCAGGAAACAAAGCUUAGCAGGAGAGGAGAGCCAGAGAAGUGACAGGGAAGCUACAGGUUACAACAGAUUUGUGAACUCAGCCAAGCACAGUGGUGGCAGGGCCUAGCUGCUACAAAGAAGACAUGUUUUAGACAAUACUCAUGUGUAUGGGAAAAAAAAACUGAGGACUGUAUUUGUGACUAAUUGUAUAACAGGUUAUUUUAGUUUCUGUUCUGUGGAAAGUGUAAAGCAUUCCAACAAAGGCUUUUAAUGUAGAUUUUUUUUUUCUUUUUUUUUUGCACCCAUGCUGUUGAUUGCUAAAU